GCUUUUGAUAUCUUUAAUUGUGCAUCUAUUCCUCGUCUUCCUGGAAUUUUGGGAUUUUAAAAUGCUUUUUAGAUGGAUCUUCUAGAUUCUCUGAUGGAUUCUAUGCGGGAUUUAUGUCGUGGCCAAUGCUAUUGUUUUUUGUGACAUUUGUGAAAAUCAUGCAUUUGUGUGGAUUUCUUUUAAGGUUCGGAGUGUUAUUUUGUUGGAUGGUAGGAGCUUAGGUGAAUUUCUUUUUGUCUUGGGGUAUUCCACUUGAAAUAAUUUGUAUCUUUUAAUGCAACGGUAAGAUUUGAUGCAGAUCUGGGGCGUUUAAGUUUUCAUAAUGCAAGUUUAAAUUUUCGAUAUUAUGGCUCCAUGGAUUAAUUUCUUUGAUCUAUUUAAUGAUCUAUCAGUUUUUAUUUUCAGAUUUCACUCUUUUCCUUUGUAUCUGUUGAGAUUAAUACAAUGCGGAAGUUUUCUUCUACCUAUGUGCUGUGGUGUUUAUAAUCUCAUUGCUUGCUAAUAAUAUUCUCUAGCUGCAUGUCUUCUAUAGAAAUCAAGAGCUCGUUAAUCGAUCAGGCAUUCUGUUGCUUUGCUGUUGUUAUAAUCUGCUCUUUGUUAAGGUUAUUAUCUAUAUGUUUGUCUGAUGGAAUGGCCAAUCUCUAUGGUGGAAAUUUGGUUUCUUAGUUAGCGAGCCUUGUCCUUUUCAACAAUGGGGACUUUCCUUUAUAAGACUGACAUUUUGAAAUCUGGGGGUAAUAGGUUGAGUCAUUUCUUUUCUGCUGCAGUCUUAGUAGAUCUGUUGAGUUUGGCUAAUAUUCUGUUUAAAUUUCUUGGUUCAGGAAUAUCUCCUUUGCUACGGUAUAUUUUUACAUCUCCAUUAGUUAUCAAGAAUUUUGUAUUAGUUGUGUCGAAUUGAUGUGGAGAUGGAGUCGGAACAGUAAUGAAUCGAUCUUCAUUUUUGACUAUUUUUCUUCACUGUUUCAGAUAUAUUCUUUAAGCGUAGUCUUUAUGUAUAAUGGCAUUUGGGAGAAGCCCACGGAUGGACAAUAGGAGGCCGUCGUCGCAAUGCUCGACGGCAACCCUCGUCGUGUUUGUUGCUCUUUGCUUGGUCGGGGUAUGGAUGAUGACAUCAUCAACUGUAGUUCCUGUCGACAUGUCUUCAUCAGGGAGCAAACAACGGGUUUCUCAGACUGAUUCUAAGCAAUUCGAGGAUAGUUCAGGAGACAUACCUGAUGGUGCGAUGAAAAAGGAUGCCAACAUCGAUGAGGAUAAGUCUCCAAAUGAACCUGAUUCUGAGCCGACCCAGGACCAGAAUGUGCCAGAGAAAACAACUGAAAAGAGGACCCAAGAAAGUACAGAGGAUGAUUCAGAUAAUGCAUCAAAUGGUCGGACCUAUAAUGAUGAAAAUGGGAAAGGUGAAGGUGGAGAGAUAGCUAAGAAAGGUGAAGACACAAAUUCAGAGGGUGGUGACAUGAAUACCGCUGGUCAGGAAGAUGGACAAGACAAAAGCAAAGAACAAAAUUCUGCUGAAAACACGGCCAAUGAACAGGAAGAUAACAAAGACAGAAAUCCUGAUGAAACAGCAAAUGAUGAUCAAAACAAGAAUCCAGAACAAAAUUCUGUUGAAUCUAAUGACAAUGAGCAACAGCAAGAUGACAACAACACAGACAGUAAUAUCGAUGAAACUGCAAGUGAUAAGCAAACCAAUAACUUUGAACAGAAUGCUGAUGAAACCAAAAGCAACGAGCAACAACAAUCUGACCGUGACAAGAUAAAUGUGCAAGAAGAGGAACCUGAUGGUGAUAAAGUGCAGGACGGAAAGGAUCAAGGCCAGUUAGAGCAGAAGGUUGGGCAAAACCAAGACAAGGAUGCUAAACAAAAUUCUAGAGACAUCAAAAGUGGGAACCAGACAAAGGAUCAACCUCCAGGCGAGGUGUUUCCUGAUGCGACUCAGUCAGAGCUUCUAAAUGAGACCAAUACUCAGAAUGGGGCAUGGUCUACUCAAGCUGUGGAGUCGAGGAAUGAGAAGGAAGUGCAAGCUGCUUCAUCAAAGGGACAAAAUGUGGCAUACAGUUGGAAACUUUGUAAUGUCACUGCUGCAUUUGAUUAUAUACCUUGCCUGGACAAUGAGGAAGCUAUCAAGAAGCUUCGGUCCACUAAGCACUUCCAACAUCGAGAAAGGCAUUGUCCUGAUGAGGCACCAACCUGCCUUGUCCCGCUUCCAGAAGGAUAUAAACAGCAAAUUGCAUGGCCGAAUAGCAGGGAUAAGAUAUGGUACCACAAUGUCCCUCAUACCACGCUUGCUGAUUUUAAGGGGCACCAAAAUUGGGUAAAGGUUACUGGAGAAUACCUUACUUUUCCUGGUGGUGGAACUCAAUUCAAGAAUGGUGCAAUCCGCUACAUCGAUUUCAUCAAGGAGUCUGUGCCUGAUGUAGCAUGGGGGAAGAAAAGCCGUGUUGUAUUGGAUGUCGGCUGUGGAGUGGCUAGCUUUGGAGGCUAUCUUUUUGAAAGAGAUGUGCUUACCAUGUCAUUUGCUCCUAAGGACGAGCAUGAGGCCCAAGUGCAAUUUGCUCUUGAAAGAGGAAUUCCUGCUAUCUCAGCAGUCAUGGGCACCAAGAGACUUCCUUUCCCAAGCAGGGUCUUCGAUGUUGUUCACUGUGCACGUUGUAGGGUCCCAUGGCACACUGAAGGUGGAAUGCUUUUGCUGGAGAUCAAUCGGCUGUUGCGGCCUGGCGGUUACUUUGUGUGGUCUGCUACUCCAGUGUACCAAAAAAUUCAAGAUGAUGUUGAAAUCUGGAAUGCUAUGUCUUGGCUGACAAAGUCCAUGUGCUGGGAAAUGGUGAACAAAACAGGAAGGGAUAUUGUCAACCAAGUGGGUUUAGCAGUAUAUAGAAAGCCUACCAAUAACGAGUGCUAUGAGAAAAGAACGGAAAACAACCCUCCGUUCUGCCAAGAAUCUGAUGAUCCGGAUGCAGCCUGGAAUGUCCCCUUGCAAGCAUGUAUGCACAAACUGCCAGUGAGUCCUGCUGUUCGUGGGUCUCAAUGGCCAGAGGAAUGGCCACAAAGGUUGGAAAAAGCACCUUACUGGCUAAAUAGCUCAGAGGUUGGGGUUUAUGGUAAACCUGCCCCCGAGGACUUUGCAGUAGACUAUGAACACUGGAGGCGUGUUGUCAGCAAAUCAUAUCUGAAUGGAAUGGGAAUCAACUGGACCACUGUGAGGAAUGUCAUGGACAUGAGAUCUGUAUAUGGAGGUUUUGCCGCUGCGUUGCGAGACAAGAAGGUGUGGGUUAUGAAUGUUGUCUCAAUUGAUUCACCAGAUACCCUUCCUGUUAUUUAUGAACGUGGAUUUUUUGGGAUGUAUCAUGAUUGGUGUGAAUCAUUCAGUACCUAUCCCCGAACAUAUGAUCUUCUCCAUGCAGACCAUCUAUUUUCCAGGCUAAAGAAGAGGUGCAAGUUAUUGCCAGUAAUUGUCGAAGUGGAUCGGAUAUUGAGACCAGAAGGGAAGCUACUUGUGAGGGACAAUGCAGAGAUUAUUAACGAAGUUGAGAGCAUAGCAAAAUCAUUGCAUUGGGAAAUCAGAAUGACCUACUCAAAGAAUAAUGAAGGAUUGCUUUGUGUUCAGAAGACAAUGUGGCGGCCAAAAGAAGUAGCAUCAAGCACGACACCGAUCUCUUAAAAUGAAUGACAAAUUUAGUUAGGUUAUUUGUUUGGUAGUUAACCCAUAUGGCGUUGAGCUGUUUCUGCUGCUUGCUUCCUGCAUGAUGGUUCCUUGUCAAGAAUUGAGAGGUGAUGUGUUACAAGUUGAUUGUUGGUUCUUAUGUUUUUGGUAAAUGCGUUCACUUUCAGAACCUUAGGUCUGAUGCGUGUAGGGAUACUGUAAUGCUACGGGGUGCAGACCCUAAUUAAGAUGAAAAAGAAUCUUUUGUAUAAUAUACUUUGGUGAGCCUAAAGCGCAUGUAGUAACUUGUUUCU